CCUGUUGCAAAUCCCUGGAUUAAAAGGUCCUGCCCAGAAUCGAUGAACUACAAGCCAUGAAGCUGGCUCUUUUCUUUGUCCUGCUACUGCCAACAUGCUUGGCCAAGCCUUUCCACCAGCAAGGCCUCUUUGACUUUAUGAUGGAAGAUGAAGGCUCAGCUGAUUUGCCUUCAACAGAUGAUUUGGUCAUGUCUGGAUUUGGACCAGUGUGCCCCUUCCGCUGCCAGUGCCACCUCCGCGUGGUACAGUGCUCUGACCUAGGUCUGGAAAAAGUGCCCAAAGAUCUCCCUCCUGACACAACCCUGCUGGACUUGCAGAACAACAAAAUCACUGAAAUUAAAGAAGGAGACUUCAAGAACUUGAAGAAUCUCCACGCUCUGAUCCUCGUUAACAACAAAAUCAGCAAAAUCAGCCCAAUGGCUUUUGCUCCUCUGAAGAAACUGGAAAGACUUUACCUCUCCAAGAACAACCUGAAGGAGCUCCCAGAGAACAUGCCCAAGUCUCUGCAGGAAAUAAGGGCUCAUGAGAACGAGAUCUCCAAGCUGAGGAAAGCUGUCUUCAAUGGACUCAACCAAGUGAUUGUCCUAGAACUGGGCACCAACCCCAUCAAGAGCUCAGGCAUUGAAAAUGGAGCUUUCCAGGGGAUGAAGAGGCUCUCCUACAUCCGUAUUGCAGACACCAACAUUACCAGCAUCCCAAAAGGCCUUCCCCCAUCCCUUACUGAGCUCCACCUUGAUGGCAACAAAAUCAGCAAAAUUGAUGCUGAAAGCCUGUCUGGACUCAUUAACUUGGCAAAAUUGGGUCUGAGCUUCAACAGCAUCUCUUCAGUUGAAAAUGGCUCUCUCAACAAUGUUCCUCAUCUGAGAGAGCUCCACUUGAACAACAAUGAACUUGUCAGAAUACCUGGUGGGCUGGGUGACCACAAAUAUGUCCAGGUGGUCUACCUUCACAACAACAAAAUUGCUUCCAUUGGCAUCAACGACUUCUGCCCCCUUGGCUACAACACCAAGAAGGCCAGCUACUCUGGUGUCAGCCUCUUCAGCAACCCUGUGCAGUACUGGGAGAUCCCACCCUCUGCCUUCCGAUGCAUCCACCAACGCUCCGCAGUACAGAUCGGGAACUACAAAUAGAGCUCUAAAG